GACCAGAACAGCCCGCGAGAUGGGGAAGAUGGCGGCGGCCGUGGUCUCCGUGGCGACUCUGGCAACUGAGCCUGGGGAGGACGCCUUUCGGAAACUUUUCCGCUUCUACCGUCAGAGCCGGCCCGGGACCGCAGACCUGGGAGGGGUCAUCGACUUCUCGGCGGACCAUGCAGCCCAUGGCACGGGUCCUGGUGCCCACAAGGUGGUCACAUCUCAGCUAAAUGUGUCUUCUGUCAGUGAACACGAUGCACGUAGAGCAGGUCUUCAGCCCAUCAGCAAGUGGCAAGCCUAUGGACUCAAAGGCUAUCCUGGGUUUAUUUUUAUCCCAAACCCCUUCCUCCCAGGUUACCAGUGGCACUGGGUGAAACAGUGUCUUAAGUUAUAUUCCCAGAAACCUAAUGUAUGUAACCUGGACAAACACAUGGCCAAAGAAGAGACCCAAGAUCUGUGGGAACAAAGCAAAGAGUUCCUGAGAUUCAAAGAAGUGAACAAACGAAGACCCCGAAGUUUACUGGAGAAACUGCGUUGGGUGACCCUAGGCUACCAUUAUAACUGGGACAGUAAGAAAUACUCAGCAGAUCAUUACACACCUUUCCCUCCUGACCUGGCUUUCCUCUCAGAGCAAGUAGCCGCUGCCUGUGGGUUUCAGGGUUUCCGAGCCGAAGCAGGUAUCCUGAAUUACUACCACCUGGACUCCACACUGGGCAUCCACGUAGACAGAUCUGAACUAGAUCACUCCAAACCCUUGCUGUCAUUCAGCUUUGGACAGUCUGCCAUCUUUCUCCUGGGUGGUCUGCAAAGGGAUGAGGCCCCCACGGCCAUGUUUAUGCACAGUGGUGACAUCAUGAUAAUGUCGGGUUUCAGCCGCCUGUUGAACCAUGCUGUCCCUCGUGUCCUUCCAAAUCCAGAGGGGGAAGGCCUGCCUCACUGCCUAGAGGCACCUCUCCCUGCUGUGCUCCCCAGAGAUUCAAUGAUAGAGCCCUGUUCUGUGGAGGACUGGCAGGUGUGUGCCAGCUACUUGAAGACUGCUCGUGUUAACAUGACCGUUCGACAGGUGCUGGCCACAGACCAGAAUUUCCCUUUAGAGCCCAUGGAGGAUAAAAAAAGAGACAUCACUACAGAAAGCUUCUGCCAUCUGGAGGACCAGGAUACCCAAGUAAAACGGGCCAGGAUAAACCCUGACAGCUGAGACUUGGAGAUCCCAUCCUUUUACUCAGUCACCUUCUUACUGUAAAUGACCAUGUUGUUAGGUAUUGCCAUGAACUUCAUCACCCAGACAAGCCAAAAACAGAGACAGGGAAGAACUCAUCGUUGAUCAUACUGUUGCCUUGGAACCCAUGCAGAAGUAAACGCAUUAGCCACUUUGCUCAGAGAAGUAUUCGCCAUGGUCUGAUCCUAGUUACAUGUUGCCUCUAGCGUACGUUAGAAGUCAGUCCAAGAAGCUAUGUUCUUCCACAACAGCCUUCUCAGCCUCUGCCAUUUCCUUUGAGGGAGGUAGAGGUGAGUUUCCGUGUCUGCAGAGUCUUUAGAUACCUCAGAUUUUAUUAAUGGGAAAUAUAGCGCCCCUCUCUCCACUGCAUCUGGUAAUUUAUGGUAAAAUUGGGGUUCCGUGAACCUCUCAUCUUAACUCCCUGAGUCAUCAAAUUAUUUGAUCUCUUUGAUCUUCUCUGGUUCUCACAGAAGAAUCCUUUACACUUGAAAACAAUGGAACUGGAAAGUCUUGUCUCUUAGAAAAGAAGCUAAUCACAACUCUCUCUUGCCAAAAAAAUACAUGUGAACCCAGGGAAAGAGGAAUUUCGUUUUUCCACUUGACAUUUCGGGCCCCAGACUCCCUGUUGUCUUUUUAAUGCAACUUUAAUUGUUGGAAUAAAAAAGUCCCAAGGGCCUUUUGUUACUGUUUUCUUCAUGAAUAAACUCACUUGAUUUUAAAUUAAA